UAAAAUAAAGGAGAAAAUGAGCCAUAUUAGAGAUUAUUCGCAAUUGGCUCUUUAUUUAUAUAAUACGUUGCGCAUAAUAUUGUUAGUAACAGCGCUAUAUUUACUACUAGGAGUUUAUUUAAGAAGACGACGUCUAGUUAAAAUUGUAAAUAAAUUGCCUGCCCUAAGAUUAAGAUUUUAUUGGAUUUUCGGUCAUAUCCAUAUACUUCUGGCCUGGAGAUUUCGAAAAACUCAAGUAUCGCCACACGUAUAUGACCUCCUAGCGUUUAAUGGCUACAUGCAAAUUUUUAGAAAAGAAAAUGUGACGAAUUUGUGGCAGUUCUACAUUCCUUUUAUAACAGUUUACAAGGCGGACUCUGUGGAAAUGAUACUGAAUCAUAGCACCCAACUGAAGAAAGCUUGGUUUUAUGAUCUGUUACAUCCUUGGCUGGGCUUAGGAUUGUUAACCAGUUAUAAUACAAAAUGGAAAAAUCGACGAAAGAUGUUAACACCAGCUUUCCACUUUAACAUCCUGCAUGAUUUUCUGCCAGUGAUGAACAAAGAGUCAAGGAUUUUGGUAGAGGUUCUGAAAAAGCACGCAGCCGAAAAGUAUGUGGAAAUAGUUCCUCUCAUUACUAAGUGCAGUCUUGAUAUAAUAUGUGGAACUAUUCUGGGAGCUGAAAUAUGCGCUCAGACUGACGAAAACUGUCCGUAUCUCAAGGCUCUCAUAAAAGUAUCAAGUGCGGUGUUUGAAAGAAUGCAAAGGCCUUGGCUGUGGCCUUUUCUUGUGUUCCAAAUGACAGCUAUCGGAAGAAGUUUUAGAGAGAAUCUCAAAACGCUGCAUGACUUCACCACUACAGUAAUCGCUGAAAAGAAGAAAGAAAAAUUAGAAAAUAAAAGAAAAGGUGAAACACCAGUUAAAGAACAAGAUACGUAUAAUUAUCGUAAACUUAAGAGCAGAGCGCUUCUGGAUCUUUUGCUCGAUGAACACAUAAAUAACAAUUCUAUUACCGAAACCGAGAUAAGAGAAGAAGUAGAUACUUUCACAUUCGAGGGUCAUGAUACAACUUCGAUCGCAGUAUGCUGGUGCUUAUAUAUGAUAGGAUUGCACCCGUGGAUUCAAGACAAAAUUCACGACGAAUUGGAUUCAAUCUUCUGCGAAAGCAAUCGAGAUGUGAUGAUGGAUGACAUAAAAGACAUGAAAUAUCUGGAAUGUGUAGUCAAGGAAACAUUGAGACUAUAUCCCUCUGUCCCAGGUUUGGCACGAGAAAUAACAGAAGAUGUUGAAUUUCAUGGUCGGAUCAUUCCUAAAGGAGCAACCUGUGUGGUGUUCACUUACUGUCUGCACCGUGAUCCAGAAGUUUUUCCAAAUCCAGAGAAGUUUGAUCCGGACCGAUUCUUGCCAGAAAACUCUGCUGGAAGACAUCCAUUUGCAUACGUGCCUUUCUCUGCUGGACCUAGAAAUUGUAUUGGCCAGCGUUUUGCCCUGAUGGAAGCGAAAACGAUGCUUUCAUUUAUUCUGAGAAAAUACCAUGUGCGAUCCUUAGAUCCUAGAGACAAAGUCCACGUGGCAGAUGAAAUAAUCUUAAGACCCAAGAAUGGUAUAAGAAUCGAAAUUAAGCCUCGGAGUGAAAGUCUUACUAAUCACCCACCUUUUUAUUAUCCGUGAUUGCAUAUAUUUUUUUGCGGAAAAAUCUAGCUUACGCUCAUUAGCAAGUAUGUACAUAUAUGAAGACCAUAUGAAAAAAAAAUCAUUUGCCAUUUCCUUUCUGCAUAACAAAGUUAAGGAACAGGACAGUGAAAGUAGAACUUGUGUCUUGGGUAUAGUAAAUUAAACUGGAUUCGAAAAUCAAGGCAAACAUUUUCGAAGUGUUAUGAUACGUUGAAUAUAUUUUAUAUGUCCGAA